CGGUCAGAUAUGACUUGUCUGGAGUCAGGUGGAGUCAGUUGAAGUCAGUUGAAAUCAAUUGAAGUCAUUUGGAGUCAAGUGGAGUCAGUUGGCGUGUUGAAGUCUGGAGUCCGCUGUUUCCCCCUUGGAUUUUCUGGAUAAUAAUCUGGAAGCAAAUACGUAAAUCUUAAACGAAAACCAUAACGCUAACUAGAAAAUAGUUCUAGUAAUGAACGUGUUUCAAUCACUGUCCGUUGUGGAAAUGGGUCGGAAAGAUUUAAAGUUACUAAGACUAGAAUCUGCAGGGUAAUACAUUAAUGCCUCAUAUCAUUAUGCAUUUAACUUACCUGCUGCUCUUCUUUAGCAGCAGCGCGAGUCGAGCUAGUUCCGAAUUGGUUGCAAACUACGGAGGAACAAGAGCUUUUAAAACGUGAAGCGUCAAUGAAAGCACCGAAAACAAGUGAAGUACUACAAACGCCAUUUCCACCCCUUCCACCUGAUCGUAAAGAAGAUGUAGAUAUUGACAUUGAACAAUUAAAACAAUUAGCUAAACAAGAAGCAGGCCCAUUGAUCAUUGAACGAUAUUCUCCUAAUGAGAAAGAAAUUGAUCAUGUAUUAUCAGCAAUUACGCUGACAUUUAAUCAACCAAUGAUUACUGUUUCAUCAUUGAAUGAAAUAAUGGAUAUAGAAAAUUCAGGUAUUUCUUUAACACCAAAAAUAGAAGGACGAUGGAGAUGGACAGGAACGAAAACAGUUCAAUUUGAAGCAAAACAUCGUUUGCCUUGUUCAACAAAGUAUACAUUAAAAGUCAACAAAGAACAUUGUGUAUCAGCAAUAGGCGGUAAAUACAUCUGA